AUGUUACUGCAGUACAAGUUACCGUCGCGUCAGUUGGCACUCGAAUACCUGCAGCAGCAGCUCUUCACGAUCCACGGCGUGCAGGCCAGGUAUUCGAGGAGUGUGAAAUGGGAGGUGGCCUCCCAUCUUAUGGACGGUGUAGGACGUGAUAAUAUCAACUUCCGUUGCCGCUGCUCGUUGACCAGCAUGCUGCUUGGCCAUGUCCCGGAUGCUGCUGUCGCGGAAUGCACCUUCUUCCUGGCCGUCAGCUCCCCCCCUUUGGUGCCCUCGUCCUCGUCCUGGGAUGUCAUCCUCAUCGCUGGCGUCCCCAGGCCAGGUACGGAGUACGGUAAGGUGGCGCCGCAGCCAGCGCCGCCGACAGCGGAAGUGGUGGUGGCAGGACCGCCGCCGCAGCCGCCGCAGCCGCAGCCGCAGCCGCCACCACCGGCGGCGAUGGCGGCGGCAGAUCGAUACAUGUCCCCGGAGCCGUUGGCAGCGGCGAGGAGCAGCUGCAUCAUCGGGGCGGCUGCCGUACGUCGUCGGGGCACAGGGCACGGGAGCAGGUAUUCGAGGAGUGUGAAAUGGGAGGUGGCCUCCCAUCUUAUGGACGGUGUAGGACGUGAUAAUAUCAACUUGUGA